AUGAAUACAGAGUUGCUCAAGCAAAAGGCUGAAAUGCUAGAAGAGUACUUCUGCAUUCAUGUUGAUGCACAUGGUAAUUUAUGCAGGCUACCUGUCAUACUUGACCAGUACACACCUGACAUGGACCGUGUCCCGGAGUUUGUGCUUUGUUUGGGCAACGAUGUUGAUUGGGAUGAUGAGAAAAAUUGCUUUCAAGCAAUUGCUGCUGCUCUCGGAAAUUUCUACGCCAUGCAUCCUCCUUUGCUGCCCAACCCAUCAGGUGAUGGUUUGCAAUUUUACAAGAGGAGGACGCCGCCCAGCAGUCAUGAUCAUGAAGGAAAUUCCUCAAAAACCAUAGAGGAUGGUCUGAUGGAGGACAAUAUUGAUCAUGAAUUGCUUUUGGAAGCCGAGAAUGCUUGGGCCCAGCACGAAUGGUCAAUACAACAUGUUUUGUUUUCAGCCAUGAGACUCUUCUUCAAGCCCCCAACAUCAAUGGCUACAAAUGGAACAUUUGUGCAGGUUGCUUCGUUGGAGAAACUUUACAAGAUUUUCGAAAGAUGCUAA